AUGGCAGCCAAGAAUACCGUUAACUUUUUUGUAGGCAGCCGGUUACACCGUGCUUCAUGGCUGCGUGAAUCGUCGGCAUACUUGAACCAGGCGGUCAGCAGCACACAGGCCAAGUUCAUCCUUCUCGAUCAAGGCAACCCUGUCGUGUGUACAGACGGCACCAAGGAGAGCCUCGCGCUAUUUAGCUGGCCUGACGUGAAGGACACUGUGCUUGGUAUGGUACAUGAGUGUGGCAACUCAAAUACGGCAGACGUCUACGGCCCUGCCGCGUACAACUUAAAGGCACGCGACGGGGAAGAAAAUGCGAAACUGUUCCAGAGCGUAACAAAGAACAUCGUUUCGCCCGCACUCUCGCUCGUAUUCCUUGGUAUUGAUAGCGAGGGCGUGGAUUCGAUUGCCACGUACACGACUCUCGAGGGUGGGGACGGCCGCACCUUGGCCAUCCCACCGGGGUCGCCCUACUUUGCCCUUUCCCUCUCGUUCCGCGCGCCAGGGAUGCAGGACAAGACGAUGGGCAAUGCACUGCUGGAAAAGGUCACAAAUGAGGGCUACGAGGUGCUGGAUAUGCGCAUUGUCGUCCUCCGCGGUGGUUUGAACGGAGAGGAUUCGGCUAUCGUUGCCUAUGCACGCACGUUGCUCGAUUGGAACGAGCGCUACACGCAUUGCCCGGGCUGCGGCAGCAGACAAUUCUCUGCUUGGGGUGGGCACAAGCGCACUUGCGGUUCAGUCGUCCGUCGUACGACACAAGGUACACCGGCUGUUUUGGAAAAUGUGCACACGGAGCCCGUACCGGCCUCGGCGCCGCUAUGUGCAUCGGUAAAAAGCUUGCAGAAUUACUCCUAUCCGCGCACGGAUCCUGUCGUGGUGUUGGGUAUCGUCCGCCACGACGGCAACACCAUCUUGCUGGGACGCCAGGCCAUGUGGCCGAAAGGACUAUACUCGUGCCCUGCUGGGUUUGUUGAGCCAGGCGAGACACUCGAGGAGGCUGUGCGUCGUGAGGGCAUUGAGGAGACUGGUAUUAAAAUUGAUUCGGUCGUCUAUUACAGCUCGCAGCCGUGGCCACUCCCUGCAAACCUCAUGUUCGGCAUGUUUGGCAUUGCUGCCAAGGACCAGCCGAAGGAACGCACAGAUUUGGAUGCAGAGCUUUCCGAUGUGUUCUACGCAACGCGCGAGCAGGUGCAGGCUGCAGUGAACGCCGCAGCGAAGGCACAGGGCGCGAAGAAAAAUACGCCGACACACAACGGCGAGAAAUUCUUUGCGAUACUCGCGCUCGGCGUGGAAGGGGCUGCUUACUUUCCAGGCCCCUUUUUUGUGCCAUUCCCUAAUCUACAGCAGGCGCUGAAGAAUAACACGCCGAUCAGGACAAAUGCACGCAGCUGCACCAUUUUGCCAAACUUUGUCGGACUUAAGUUCCUUGUUCACAAUGGGAAGCACCAUAUGCCUAUCUCGGUCACGGAAGAAAUGGUUGGGCAUAAAUUGGGCGAGUUUGCGCCUACACGAAAACGCUUUAGCUACCGCUUGACCAAGAACAAGUGA